AUCGUCAGUGCCCAGAUACCGGAGUCCGGGAGGCCGCAGUACCUGGAGCUGCGCCCCGCCACAGCCGGAGGAGGCGUCCCUAGCCAACAGCUCCCAGCGCCCAAGUCUUCCGAAGGUCUGGGCACCGCGCGAGCCUGGAGCUGGGCCUGGCCGGCUAACCACACCGGGGCGCUAGCCCGGGCAGGGGUGGCCGGGGCGCUGCCGGCACAGCAGCGCACUAAGAGGAAGCCGUCCAUCAAAGCUGCCCGCGCCAAAAAGAUCUUCGGCUGGGGGGACUUCUACUUCCGGGUGCAUACCCUCAAGUUCUCGCUGCUGGUGACCGGCAAGAUCGUGGACCAUGUCAAUGGUACCUUCAGCGUGUAUUUCCGCCACAAUUCGUCCAGUCUGGGUAACCUCAGUGUCAGUAUCGUGCCGCCCUCCAAGCGUGUGGAGUUCGGGGGAGUCUGGCUGCCAGGGCCCGCCCCCCACUCUCUGCAAUCUACGCUGGCCCUGGAGGGGGUGCUACCUGGCCUAGGGCCCCCGCUGGGGAUGGCGGCAGCUGCAGCUGGGGCAGGGCUCGGAAGCCCCCUCGGAGGCGCACUGGCCGGCCCACUCGGGGGCGUGCUGGGAGUGCCUGGGGCCAAAGAGUCGCGCGCUUUUAAUUGCCACGUGGAGUAUGAGAAGACGAACCGCGCGCGCAAGCACCGCCCGUGCCUGUACGACCCAUCGCAGGUGUGCUUCACUGAGCACACGCAGAGCCAGGCCGCCUGGCUCUGCGCCAAGCCCUUCAAAGUCAUCUGCAUCUUCGUCUCCUUCCUUAGCUUUGACUACAAACUGGUGCAGAAGGUGUGCCCAGACUAUAACUUCCAGAGUGAGCACCCCUACUUUGGAUAGCGCGCCCAGCCCCAGCCCCGCCUGAGCUUCCUGCCAAAUCCCGCCUCCCUUGGUGUACCCCUCUGCUGUUGCUGUGACCGCGCCCACCUCUUCCACUCUGGGGGCGGAGGGAGGGGAACAGCCCUCCCAGAAACCAUCAGCCAGUUUAGGUCCCCCUUUCCUUAUGGGGAGUGCGCAUGUGGAGGCUGAGGUAGUCCUCACACACCCCAAAGUGGAGAGCUUAAAGUGCAGCUCCCAGAAUAGGCGGAGCCUGGAUGCGGUCUCAGCGUCCCCCUGUUUCCACACUGGGCCCGGUCUCAGCGUCCCCCUGUUUCCACACUGGGCCCGGCACUCCCUUUGCCCACAGCUUUAAUAAGGCCUGGCCUGGCACCCUCAUCCCACCCUGACCUUAUUACCCGGAAGGGCCUGUCCUCUCCACCCAGUCCUCGCGUAAAGACUGUAAAGGCCUAGAAACCCCAGCCUAUCUCCGACCCUUUCUGCCUGCGGUAUGUCUGUCCCCCCUUUUUUUGCAAGCCCCUUAGGGUAGCCCAGCAGAGCUCCUGGGCAGAGGCGCUCCACCAGCCCUGCCCUCUGCCCUCCUUGCUCCGUCCCCGCAGUUUAGCUCCACCUGCCCCUCCGGCUGCUUCUUCUUGGUGAUAUUUUUUCUACGCCCAAACAGACGGGAAAGGGAACAAAAUAAAGCGAAAUCCAAUACG